CCCCCAUGCCGGAAGCUCCCUCCCUCCAUACAUGGCCCCUUCAGAAUGACGUCAUCAGGAGUGCGACUCCUCACCGGAAGUAGCUUGUCUCCUAGUCGUCCCCGGCUUCCUGGUCCGACCCUGACGAGGGGACCUGUUAUCUGAAGUCUGGUGAAACUAGAUAAUACGCUACAAAACUCCAUACAGGCUGUCAACCUGACUAAAUGGGGAAGGACAAGGACAGAAGUCACAUGACCGAAGACCUAUUAAAACUUACCUUGGAGAUCAUAUACCUACUAACUGGAGAGGACUAUGGACCAGUGAAGAAGUCCAGAAAGCGUGUGACAUCCAACAGUCGCCCAAGCAUGUCAGGGGGAUGGGGCAGGAACCAGAGCCCCACUAGGGAACCUUCACCUCGCUCACUGAUACAUGAAAGAAACAAUGACCAGAAGAUCCUAGAACUCGCCAACAAGAUAAUAUAUUUGCUGUCCAGAGAGGUCUCUACAAAGUUUGAGGAUGCAAAUGGCGAUUCUUCCAUGGAGGAGUGGGAGAAUUUAGAAAGAUGCAAGAAUCCUAACAGAAAAGGGAGGUUGGAGAGCCGCCAAAGCCGCACUUCAUCAGAUUUAUCUGAUGACACAGAAAUAUCGGGAGGGCCUCCUUCCCCUGUUUCUUCACAGGAUGGUAUUUUUGACCAUGGUAUUGCUCUAACCAUAGGGCCUGAAAAGUAUACAUCAGAUGUGCAAGGUAUUGACAGUACAGAGAACACAAUGCAGACACCAGAUUCAUGUAUAGAAACAUGUCCCACCAAGACUAAAAUGUUUGCAAGUAUGCGAUAUACACAGUACUCACCCCCCUGUGUUAAGGAGGAAUCUGUCUCAGGUGGUAAUAGUGGAAAUAUUUCAGAUACUGACCUCUGCUCACACUCCAACCAUUCACCAUAUACAUCUUCUCAUACUAAAGAAAAAUCCAUGGCGGAUAAAGCAGGAAAUAUCAGUGAAAUGUGCUCAGAUCCAGAACAGUACUCUGACAUUCAUGCAGCUAAAGAUCAAUCUCGUAUUAAAGAGGAACCAGUCUCGGGUGAUGAACAAAAUCUCGCUGACUUUCCCUUGUCCUCGUGGAUUUUUACUAACAGUGAAAAUAAAUUUAAGAAGAAGGAUUCCAUGUGUUUCAUAUGUGUAGAGUGUGGAAAGAAUUUUCCAUACAAAUCCCAUCUUCUUCGGCAUGAGAAGAUUCACAUGGAGGAGAGGCCGUAUUCUUGUCUUGAAUGUGGCAAAAGCUUUAAGUUGAAUUCUAAUCUUAUAAGUCACCAACGAAUCCACAGUGGACAGAGACCCUUUUCCUGCUGUCAGUGUGGGAAGUCUUUUAUCAGCAAGUCUGAGCUUGUUAAACAUGAGAGAAUUCACACAGGUGAAAAACCAUACACUUGUUUGGAAUGUGGAAGACAGUUUUCACGAAUAUCGAAUCUUAUUGACCACAAUAAAAUACACACUGGCGAAAAGCCACAUUGCUGUUCAGAAUGUGGGAAGUGUUUCAGACGUCAUUCCAACCUACUAAGUCACCACAAGACUCACUCAAUGGAUAAAGUGUAUUCCUGCCCAGAAUGUUCGACUUGUUUCCUCUCUACCUCAGAACUUCUUAAACAUCAGAAAACUCACUCAGAAGGAAACACAAUUUCUUCAGCGAACGUGGACACUGCUCUCCUGUGAAUGUAAUUGUUUUGACUUAUGAAGAAAAGAGAAAUCGGUGUUCUGCUGUUAAAUGCAAGCAAUAUAAAGGGUUACUCUACCAAAAUGAAUUGUAUUACACUAAGAGGUAUUACAUUUUUCUGCUAAUGACAACCAAUCUCAUUGUACAGACAGUUAGGUUAACCACCCUACCCCCAUUACAUUUUCAGUGCAUAUAUAUAUAUAUAU